AUGAAGAGGUUCAAGAAGAUGCUGAGAACACCGAUGUCACUGAGGAUGUCAAUGACAUUGAAAAUUCUGGAGCUGAUGAUAGAUGCUGGAACAGGUACAAACGUUGUGGAUGUAGAUGAGUACUCUGACAAUGAUUUGGUUGCUACUGUGAACCCUAGUGUAGCCGAAAGGCUCGUGACUAGGAGAAAAGACAAAGCUGUGAUUCAGAAGUCUCCUGUGAAGAAAACUGAUGUUAAAAGCCCUUCCAAAGACUAUGUCAAGAAGAAGAGUACAUCUGCAGGACCUAUAAAGAGUAGAGCUGUGGCUAAAAGUGUUGGCAUUGGUCCCUCAAAAUCUUGGAGCAAGGUUGUUCCAAAGAAGAGGAAGGCAAGAGCUGUUGAAGAAUCCGAGUCUGAUGUUGAAGUGAAUGUCCAUGACAUUCCAUUAAAGAAGAAGCUCGCAACUAGCAAGCUUGCUGCUAGUGUACCUGAAGUUCCCAUUGACAAUGUAUCCUUCCACUUUGCUGCAAGUACAAACAGGUGGAAAUUUGUGUAUCAAAAGAGACUGGCUUUUGAGAUGGAAUUGGCUCAAAACGCUCGUGAUUGUAAGGACAUAAUGGAUUUGAUUGAGGCUGCUGGCCUAAUAAAAACUGUGGUCCAUCUGAGUAAAUGCUAUGAAAUGCUGGUGAAAGAGUUCCUAGUAAACCUCUCUGAAGAGUGUGCUGACAAGAGAUCCAAGGAAUUCAGAAAAGUGUUUGUAAGAGGAAAAUGUGUUAACUUUUCGUCCACUGUGAUCAACAACCUAUUGGGAAGGUCUGAUGAAGCUCAACCUAAGCUUGAAGUCUCUGAUAACAAGGUAUGUCAAGUUAUCACUGCAAACCAAGUCAGGAGCUGGCCCUUUAAAGGAAAAUUGUCUGCUAGUAAUCUAAGCAUGAAGUAUGCAAUGCUGCAUAAGAUUGGGGCUGCUAAUUGGGUGCCAACAAAUCACAAGUUUACUGUCUCAACUAUUCUUGGAAGAAUUAUCUAUGCUGUUGGUACAAAAGCAAAGUUUGACUAUGGCACUACAGGGACAGAAGCACAAGAUGAACAGCAAGAGGGAGGAGACUCUGAAGAAGAAGUUGAAGAAGGAAAUACCAGUCUAGCUGAUGGUUCAAAUGAAGAAAAUGAAGAAAGUGAGGCAGUCAACUUUGGUGGGUAUGGCUCUGACGAAUAA